CGUGACUGCAAUGACAUCAUCAGUCCUUUAGACGGACUGGAUCUAGCUGCUACCAGGUGUCACAUUUAUAGCAUCUGACUCAGUCACUGACAAAGAACAAGAUGAAGAAAUACAGGAAGCAGAUAGCAGAGCAGUUCCUGAGUCAGGCCCUGAGCAUCAUCUGCCUGCUGACCGGAGAGGAAUACACCAUUGUGAAGAAGAGGCCCUCCCACAGCAGCGUUCAACAGAUUAGCGGAGAGGUGCCUAUAAAGUGUGAUGAUGUUGCUGUGUAUUUCUCUAUGGAGGAGUGGGAGUAUAUAGAGGGACACAAGGAGCUUUACAAGGACGUCAUGAUGGAGACUCACCAAGCACUAAGGACUAUGGAGAUCCCAGGAAAUGAGAGCUCAGAAUUAACAGGUCACAGAGAUAAAAAUCUAUACACAGGAGCACAUAGAGUACAGAAUAUUCAGCCAGUGGAGACCCCAUCAGACGUCUCUGCAGAUCUAAUAGGUCACAGUGUCCUAGACACAGGAUCACAUGGGGACCUUGUACAGAAUAUUCAGCCAUCUGAUGUCUCUGCAGAUGACAUUAAUACUGAUGUAGAUGUUAAAACAGAAGAUCUGAGUGUAAUGUGUCAGCUGGAAGCUCCAAUGCAGGAAUUGUGUGACAGCGACAAUGCAGAUGAAAACGAUGCUAAAAUUGUAUGUAACACGGAACAAACAGAAGAUCAGUGGCUAAGUAAUAUGACAGAAGCUGCAAAGCAGGGAAUAUCUGACAAUAUAAGUACAGGCGCCUCUAUGGACGAGUUUACACCGUGCACCAGCAGUGAUUCUGUGACAUUUAUUGUUUGCCGUGUGCUAUAG